UCUGGCGCUGCGAUCAUCUCAAGGGGAAAAGUUGAUAUGUGACGCCAAUACUCAAGGGUCGCCGUCUGCUGCUCUCCUCUCGCUGGGGAAACCUAAAACGCCGAGUCUGUUGGUCCCACUUCAGCCAGUCGUCCGUGUCCGAAAAGUGAAGGAACACAAUGAAAACGAGUUAGAACUUUCUCACUUGUGUUCGUUCAAUGCUGCAGAAGAGAGGAAAGAGAGCGGCCCGUCCACACACACACGCACACACGACGGGACGAACGGGUCGGCACUCGGUCGGCAGCUAUAGUCAGUCAGUGUGUCUCAGUACAUCGAAGAGGGAAGGUGUAUCGCGCACCUCUCCGUGAACCACCUGUUAGGACAAUACGUGGCAUUGACAAGUGGUAACAGCUCAAUAAAAACAGAUACCUGCCCACCAAUUCCUACCUGGCGCGUACCUGGAGGCAUUGGUGGUUAAUUGGUGAGGGAAGAACUAAGGUGAACUGGAUUUAUAGGUUAUUUAAGUGUUUGUCGAGGUACCAUAUUGAACAGCCGCGGGCACGAAUUAAACAUCCCAGCACGACUAUGACUCUAGAAGUGGGAUAAGUUAAUAAGUGUACUGAAGUGAAGGUCAACGUUACCACCAUGGACGAUUCAUAUAUAAGUCUCGGGGACUUAGGGGACAUGACCUUAGGAGGGGGGGUGUCCUCCCUGCCUUACUGCGGCUCCACGCUUGAGGAAGAACGUCCCGGCUCAUCUCUCAGCAAUGCCUCUCGCUCCUCGAAGAUUCCAGUGUUCACUCGUUCACACUCCCUCCGCGUCAAGUCUUCGUCCGGCGCGGCACACACACAGGAGGGCGCCAAGGUUUCGUCCAAGGCUGCGGUGAAGGGACGCGCUGAUGCCAGGCCCAGUUCAAGAGCGUCUCCUUCUGUAGGGAAAGGCCUCGUCAGGUCCGCCAGUUUUGUCUCCUCCCGGGGUAUGAAGGGCGUCUCGUCCCCUCCUUCCCUCUCCUCUACACACCCUCCCUCCCAUCACCCCAGCUCCAGGCACUCCCUCACCCCAGAGACGCCCCGCAGAGUCUCCCACUCCGCGACCCACGCCAAGAGGCCCUCCAGCACCGCCACCGACAGGAAGUCUCAUUCUUACGCUGGCAUGGGCGGCUCCUGGUACCACAACCACAGCCCCUCCUCCUACUUCCACAACCACAGCCUCCUCAACCACCACCACGUCAGUAGAAGACCCAACUUCCUGCCGGUGUCUGCUGCCUCCUCGUCGUCCCAGUUCAGUUCCCUGCCCACCACCCCGGCCUCACAACCAGAGACGCCAUCUAGAUCCCCAGAUUCCAACGAGCUCGACGAUGCUGAUUCCGUCAAGAGCUUCGGGUCAGUGUCUUCCGCCGUGAGCUGUGACGCGGCCCUCACGCACCACCACCGAGGCCAGGCGUGUGGAGGGACUGCUAACGCAUCCAAGGGCGGCAGGAGCUUCAAGUACGUCCUGCACUGCCGCCACAACCACGAUCAUGACCCAGAGCAGUACCUGACGCCGACGCAGAGGGCGGCACGUAGGAUCCGGGAACUGAAGUCCCAGUUGUCAGAGGCGCGGCGGGAAGUGCAGCAGAGAGACACAGAAAUUGCUCGGCUCACACGGGAACUUGUCGAACUGAGACUGCUGAAGGCACGGAACCCACACUGGGAGGACGAGGAAGAUGAGGCGGAAGGCGAGGAUGGAAGGAGAGAAGAUAAGGUUGACGGCAAAGGUGAGGGCGUGGCGGCACCCCCUCCUGCCUCCCGCACCCACGCUGAUGGCAACGCCCGCGCUACGUCCAAGACCUCCUCCACACCCUCAGAGGGGAGCGAGCCUGAGCUGAGGAGACUGAUGGAGAACGUGAGCUCAGGUGCUCCAGAAUCCGUCGCCCAACAGGAGCCUCCUGCAGCAUCUCCAGCAGGUGGCUCAGUAGCAGAGACAAGGGCGGACUCUGUUGACCUCACACGCUCCUCGCUGGCUGAUUCAGGCCACUAUGAUGACCUGACCUCACCCAGCCUCUCCUCCAGGGAUCCAUUGGAAACCAGCCGCGGAUCACUGCGAGGCCACCAAACGGAGGAGGAAGAAGAGGUGGAGGCUGAGGAAGAGAAGGAUGACGGGGAGGGAGUGCUGCAGGAGGUGGUGGUGGAGGGCAGUAGUGGGGGCCCAGUGGAUCCAUGGGCAGCACUGGAGGAAGCAGAGGCUCGCAUCAGGGAGGAGUACCAGCGGCGAGAGGAGCUACUGAAGAGAAAUCACAUGGAGGACUACAAUGAGCUGAAGGAGAAGUACAAUGACAGGGUGGAGGUGCUGUUGUCCAAACUGAGUGAUGCCAACCUCAAGUACUUUGAACUACGGCCCCUGUAUGACCAAAGUCAGGAGCGUGUGAGGGAGCUGGAGCGUGAUGUGAUGCGGCUCAAGGAGGAGCUCACCGAGGCCGAGCUGCGCCAUCAGAAGAUGUACCUGCAGAUGUUCCUAAAGGGACAGCAGGCAGCCAGAAUACAGGCAGAGGAUGACCUGGAUGGUGGAGAGGAAGGCCUGCCGUCGUCUUUGACCUCAAGUGGACCAAUGAUGGAGUUGAUGAGGCAGCUGACCCGCACUGAGGAGGAACUCGAGAAGGUCAAGGGUGAGGAGUGCAUCCAAACCCAGUGUGGUCGACAUUCAUUUCAGGGCACUGCACCCCUCUCCUCCCUUCCCUCCUUCCCUUCUCCUCCACCCUCCCCACUUUCCUCCCCUGGGGUGUGGGUCCUGAGGGCUGUGUCGUCCUCCCUUGGUGGUACGGGUGCAGCUCUUGUGGGCAGCAGGGAGGCCAUCGCUUUGUACUGGCAGAGCCGCAUUCAGGCUCUCUACCACCGUGAGAUCAACUGUCGGAACAACAAUAACAACAACACUGCCGCAGGCCGCCGCAAUGGGGAGCUGGAUCCAGAGGUGACGCUGCAGUUCCUCAAGUCUGCUAUCUAUUACUUCUUUACUGACCGUGAUAAUGCUAAAGGUCACCUGCGUGCUAUUGAGAGUAUCCUGGGCUACAGCGACAGUGAGCGCUACAAUAUAGGAAAGGUUAUAAAGUGAGUGGAGAAAUUAUGUUGAGUCUGUUUGUUAAUUCAAUCAAACUUUUCAUGAGUAUGAAGGUGGUGGUUUAUGUUUCUUAAUGUUGUUUUUAUGAUGGGUGACAUGUUUUUGUCAUUCAUUUAUUUAUUUUGUGAUUAGAAUGAUUUAUGAGUUCUAUGAUGUAAGUUGUUAUUUCUACAUAGUUUUUAAUUUAUGUUUUUGUGAUUUAUAGAUUAUUUAAUGAAUGAGUGGGUGAGUUUGUAGGGAGUGUAUAUAUGUAGCUUGUAAAGUAGUUCAGUCAAACACUUAUUUACUGUACAAAGUUGGUUGCUAUCUUAAUUUUUUACAACAGAAUUGCAUAAAAGCCUCUGAUAAACUGCCAAAAGUAAACUACUAAAAAUGUAUUCUUGUAUUAAGGAUUAGUUAAUAUAACAUGACAAAUUUAAUAGUACUUAAAGUAUAAUUUUUUGGGAAAAAUGUAUGGAAUUUUAGCUAAACCAGAUAUGCUGCUGCUGAUCCUGGCAAAACAUUGGGAAGGGGAAACUUUUAUAAUGUUCCUAUCGGUACACCUGUAUGUAUGUAUAGAGAUGUGGUGCCGUGACUGGCGUGUAUUAACCUCACCCCGUAUGUGUACCUCUGCAACUUUUUAGUGGUGGUUGAUCUCCAUUAUUCAUACAUACCAUACAUAGAUACAUGUGUCCACUUGGGAUGUGAAAAACAGAUGUGCAGUGUGAGUGAAAAGGGUCUAUUUACAUACAUUAUAUGCUACAAAUACUAUAAAUGGCUUGAGAGAGCAUUAUCUAUUAGCCUGUGAUAUAUAUAAAAGAUUUGUGUAUGUUUAGGUGCCACUCUCAGAGCUCAUAGAGACAAGAUGCAUGUAUGUUGUGCCAGUGCUGUUCUGAGGCACAGGGAAGAGGAAGAUUCUGUGGUUCUGUGACUGACUAGGUUGAAGUAGUUUGAAAAAUAUUUAUACAGUCACUCAUAGUCGUCUGUCCAAAAGCUUGUAUACUAUGAACUAUUUUUGUAGACUUUUGGGGAGAGUUGUGGAGACAUUAUUAUUGCUUGUAAAUUUAAGGCACACGUUGUACAUAUAUUCAAUUGCAAAAUUGUUUUUUGUUUUCUUGUUGUAAUUUUCAGUGUUGUUGAAGCUUCCUUAAUUGCUGUUUGUGUAGAUGUUUCCUGUUUAUGCUGGGCAUGUGUUCUGCACAUGUGCAAGGGGUGGUGGAUGUCUGCAUUGGAAUGGACAUCAUUUUAACUGCCGUUCAUUUGGUUGUGUUAUUAAGUCAUGCAUGAGUCAAUUUGUGUAGUUUUCAUGUACAGCAUCUACACUCUUAUGGUUAGUUGUUGAGAAUUGCUUUAAGAAGAUGAUAUAUGUAAAUACAUAUUAUAUUACUACAUCAUUAUUAUCAUCAUACUUCAGCCAGUGCAUCUUAAGCACCUUCCCAUUGUGUGAUGAUUUGUUGAUUUGUGGUAAAUGAAUGAAGGAAUUAUGUAUGCAUUUCCUUUUUGUGAUUGUUAUUGCCUUUUUAGUUAGCUAUGUUAGUGUGUACUAAUACAAUUUGUUUCCAUUUAUAUUUUUGUUAAAUAAUGUAUUUUGGGGCAAACUGGCUUGGUAGAUGUUGCUCUUAAGACUUAGGACUGCAUAAGCACUUUUCUUGUACCUUAUUUCUUGUUAAAGUUCGGUGUGGAGGGGAAUGACAAGAUCCUUGUUAAAGCCUAGGUUUUAUGAAAUGGUAAUGUUGAUGACUGGUUGACACUAUCCUGAUUUGCUAUGCAAUCUCUGUGGUUGUUAUUGUAGGUCAUUUGCUGUUUUGCUGUGAAAGUACAUCAUGUAUGUACUCAGAACAAAGGUGCUCUGCCUCUGCAUCGAAAUAUCUUUAUAUAGAAGCUUUUAGUCUGUUAGAAGAAGGGUUAAAUUGUCUUUCCACCAAGCCUCUCAGCGUGCUUCAUAAUGAAUGCUUCGGACCUAGCUUACGAUGAAGAUUUCAAACACAUCUCACAAACAAUGCAUAUAAUGUUUUUACACCACCACAUUAUUAUGAAAAACUUUAUCAAAUUGUGUUUUGUGUGUAUGUAACUUUGUAUGCUUGUGAGCCAUAGUAUACUGAAGGAACUGAUUAUUUUGAGGCAUACAAGAGAAGAUCCAUCCAUGGAGCAACAAGCAAUUAAGUUUACACACAUGAAUCUUGCCACAAAUAAAUGCAGGAUGAAAGCAUCAGUUUAAAUUAAAGACUAAGGUGUAGCCCCACCAUACCAUGUAGUGUGUGACAGUUUGAGUACUAUACCACUCCAGUUUGUGGAGUUCUCCCUCCAUCCUUUUCUCCCUCCCUUUUUUCUCUUAUGGAGGUACCAAUCUUUUACUGUAUAUUAUCCUAUUUAUAUCUUGAUAGAGGAUAACUAGAGCUAAGAUUGUCAUAGUCAUUGUCUUACAUGCCAAAGAUUACCAAGUCACUAAGGACUCCCCACAUAAUAGAAAAUAUUGAGGAGAGAUGAUUGAUGCAUUACAAUCUCCUAUUACUUAAUUUGCCUCUCCUUAAUUGUAUUUUGAUGAUUUAAUUGUUAACAUUCAUUUUUGUCAAUUAACGUAAAUGAUGUUUUCACUAUAGUUUCAUUUUACAAGUCUAAUGGAAGAAAUUUUUAUAUACAGUAUGUAUGUGGUAAAGCAGCAGAAUUGUCAUUUGAAAUUCUUAGCAGACUAGUAGGAAAUACAAAUCAUUGACUAAAGCCAAACAUACACUCUUCAAUAGAGAUAUAGCCAGGAUUAUGAAGUGAUGGGUUCAUAGGGAUGUAGACCAGCAAUGAGGCUUUAGUACUAUGUAUGUGCAGUAAUGGUAGGUAGUGAUAUUAAAGGUACAAUAAUAGAUGCAGUGAUAAAAGGGUGAGAACAACUAAAUAAGCUGCACUGGAAUGCAUUCAUACUUGACAGCAUUUUUUUGCCCACCAGGUAGAGGGAAUGAAAGGUUGCUGUUUUCCUAUUAUUAUGUUAGUGUACUGGUCCCAAAGAGUUAUAAUUUUGUAUGUAGCCUAUAAUAUUGUGUAUGUAUACUCUUGAUCAUAAUACUGUGAGGAACCUGUAUCAUAAGAAACUAGAAACUAGAAAUUUGAAAACUGGUACUGAAAAAUGCUACAAACUUAGACAUUCAUAAACUUAUAGUACAUACUCAUGAAAUAUUCAUGAUGUUCCAGCUUGUUUCUCCCCUUUUCUUGACUUCAUUUGUACAGUUUGAAUAUAUGUACAAUUCUAAUUCGGGCAGAGGAAUGGCUUGGUUAGGUUAAAUCCUUCAAAAUUUUAUUGUAGAAAGUAUGGGAGCAGUAGCCUCCUUGCCUGUCAAUCAGCAUGCUGAGGUAUGUUUGUCACCCACUCUGAACACAAGAACACGAGAAACAAUUAUUGGGCUGAUGAGGAAGCAUUUACUAUCAUUCUUGAGAGAGAGGAAGGGGAGGUAUAGCUGGUGAAAUCCAUUACAUGAUCACACACACACACACACACACACACACACACACACACACACACACACACACACACACACACACACACACACACACACACACACACACACACACACACACACACACAC